AUGUAUGCUAAAGUGGCUAGCAUUGGUACUUCUUUGAAAAGGAAGAGAAAUUGGGACUGUAUUCGGUUCAUAAUUACUAUGAUUAAUUGUGUUGUGUUGCUACAUUUGAUGUUGUACUCGAUGAGAAAAACUAUAUACGAUUCCCAUUAUCUUAAGCUUGAUAAAAAAACUAGGAGAAAAAUGAGAUUGCACAACUUGAAUAGAAUGAUUAGAGAAAGUGACACUUUGUGUAGGAACUAUCUUCGUAUAAAUCGAUACACAUUUAGUGUACUUUUAGAGAUGGUUAGAGAUAUUGGUGGAUUAAAUGAAACAAGAAACACAUGUUUGGAGGAGAUGGUUGCGGGUUUCUUAUACACAUUAGCUCACCAUAAGAAAAAUAGAAUGAUGGGUGCACAUAUUUAUAGAAGUGGUGAAACUAUUAGUAGACAAUUUCAUGCUUGUUUGUUAGCAAUCUUAAAGUUACAUGCUAUUCUUCUUAAGAAACCAACACCAAUACAAGAGGAUUGCAACGAUGAAAGAUGGAAAUAUUUCAAGAACUCAUUAGGUGCCCUUGAUGACUAG